UAAUAGAUAUUCUCUGUGGUUGAAGUUCAGUGUUGUUUUCGUAAUUUGGCAGUUUCACUUUAUCUUGUUUUUAUGCAUUUAAACGACAUUUCGCGUUUAAAUAAAUUAGGUUUUAUUGCCUUUAGCGUUUGUUCCUAAAAGUAUCGUAUUGUGAGGUGAGCGCCGUAUUGACGGCGUUUACUAUAAGAAUGGAGGAGCUGCGGUCUUUUUUCAACAAUCCAUGUCCGUCUAAUGCACAAGUUAAAAAAUUACGAGGCCCAGUAACAGGUGGUCGGCGAAUAACUAAAGAAGAUACAAUAAAUGAACUGAAUAAACCUGAACAUCAUCGUCACUCUGUUCUCGCGAGCGGCACUGAUUAUGCGGAGUCAAUUAAAAAAAAAGAAAUGGAAGAUUAUUUGAAGUAUGAAGGGAACAGAGACACAUUCCAUAGUUUUGCUGGUGGACUGGAUUCUUUGGAACAGCUAUCAUCAUGCAGUUACUCAAUGCAGAACAUUGAGGCUCUCACAGAGGAAGCGAUGAAUGUAGUAUACAAUAAAUACUCAUUCCAGAGAAAAGAGAAUACAAAUAAUUUAGCAAUAAAUGAAUAUAGACAACAGAUUUUAAGUAGCAUCUCAGCCUAUCCAGUUGUGAUUAUAGAAGGUCCAACUGGAUGUGGUAAGACAACACAAGUACCGCAAUGGAUUCUAGAUGAUUCAUUUGAGAACCGUAGGCCAUGUAAAAUUGUUGUCACUCAACCAAGGAGAAUAGCAGCUAUUUCUAUUGCCAAGAGAGUUGCUCAGGAGAGAGGCUGGGAUGUUAGUGGUGUAGUUGGAUAUCAGGUGGCAUUGGAAGCUAAAGUGUCAUCCGAUACUCGCAUAAGUUAUGUUACAACUGGUGUACUUCUACAAAAACUUGUUUCAGCAAAGAAUAUGAAUGAAUUCACACAUGUAAUAUUAGACGAAGUACAUGAACGCGGUCAGGAAAUGGAUUUUCUUUUGCUUGUGGUGAAAAGACUUCUGUACACAGUAUCACCGCAUGUCAAAGUGGUCCUCAUGUCGGCUACGAUCAACCGGAAGGCUUUUGCGGAUUAUUUUAUGAUACCAACCCCGAUGGGAUUGCAGACUGCCAUGUGUAUUAAAGUUGUGAAAAAAGAUCCAAUGUUUACCGUGAAGACUUUCUACCUUAAUCAUCUAAAUAAGUUUGGAGCAAUAUUGGACAAGAUUACAUCAAUGAAGAAUGAAUCACCAGGAAUCCCUCCGGAAAUGCAUCACCUGGUGAUAAAAUUGAUAGACGCUUUCGAACAAAUUGAUGAAAAAGAAGAGAACUUCGGGAACAGAGCUGAAGCUGAUUUACCCUCUGUUUUGAUAUUCUUACCUGGUAUUAAUGAAAUUGAGGAGUUAUAUGAUUGUUUGACAAAUUUUGAACUGCGAUCAAAAAUGUCAGAGAAGUUAGGUGUAACGAAGUCAAAAUGGUGGGUGUUGCCGCUGCACUCCACCAUCACCGCGGACGAGCAGGUGCGCGUGUUCCAGCGCGCGCCGCCCGGACAGCGCAAGAUCAUACUGGCCACCAACAUCGCCGAGAGCUCCAUCACUGUGCCCGACAUCAAGUAUGUGAUCGACUACUGCCUGAUGAAGGUGCUGGUGGCGGACGCGGCCACCAACUUCACAUCGCUGCAGCUGAGCUGGGCGGCCAAGGCCAACUGCGAGCAGCGCGCCGGCCGCGCCGGCCGCGUGCGCGACGGACGACUCUACCGCCUCGUCACGGAGAGGUUUUAUAACGAUUUGCCGGACGAGUGUCCGCCGGAGAUAGUGCGGUGCCCGCUGGAGCGGCUGGUGCUGCUGGCCAAGAUGCUGGACAUGGGCCCGCCCAGCGACAUCCUCGCACUCGCCAUGGACCCGCCCGAUAUGUCCAAUAUACAUAAAACUAUACUAGUACUCAAAGAGGUGGGUGGUAUGAAGAAGACGAUAGACGACGAGUGGUGCGUGUCUGACGGUGACGUCACGUACCUGGGCCGCAUCAUGGCCAAGCUGCCGCUGGACGUCAGGGUCUCCAAGCUGAUCGUGCUCGGAUACAUCUAUGGAUGCUUCGAUGAAAGCAUCAUAAUGGCUGCGGCGAUGUCCGUGAAGAAUGUAUUCAACAGUCCGUUCCGAGAGAAGCUGAAUGCGUACAACUCGAAGCUGACGUGGGCUGACGGCUCCACCAGCGACUGUAUCGCCUUCCUCAAUGUUUAUAAGGUGUGGAACCACCUGCGCAGAAUGAACUACUUCAAGGAGGCCGGCAGCGAGGGCCAGUGGGCGCGCCGCUUCUACGUGCAGAUGCGCGCGUUGCGCGAGCUGGACGACCUCGUGCGGGAGCUGCGCGCGCGCCUCGCGCGGGAGGGGCUCGACAGCGCCGUGCCCUCGCCCUGGGCCAAGCAUGAGAUCACACUAGUGCUUAAAUUGAUAAUAGCGGGCGCGUUCUACCCGCAGUACUUCGUGCAGGCGUCGGGGGACGAGUGCCGCGAGCGCGAGGCGGUGCGCGCGCUGGCUGGCCUCGACCCGCGCCGCUCGCUCUACCUCACCGGCUGGCCCGCGCACCAGCCGCUGCCGCCCUACGCGCCCGCGCUGCGCCGCAAGCUGGCUGCCGUGCUGGGGGACCGGCCGCACGUCACCUUCCACCCCGGCACUAAGAAAAUAUUUUUGAUGUUCUCUGACGGAAGUGAUGAAGCAAAACCUCCCGAAAGAACAGGGGACCCUACCAUUCCCGGACAAGUGGUACUUCCUGUGUACAAAGCUGUCAAGGCUCGACAAAUACGUACAGAGAUUCGUAUACCUCUUUUGCCUAUAGAAAAAGCGAACGAAUUAGCAGCGGUAUACGAGAAAGCGACUGCGAACGUGGACUUGGAGAAGAUGGUGCCGCGCCUGCCGGAGAUCGACGACACGCACUUCCCUCUCAAAUUGUCCCAAUUCAUAUCCGUGAGCAAGUUCUGGGUACAAUACGACGACGAGUCAACUGAAGCGGAGCUGCGCCAGAUAGAGGAGGAGCUGAACCGCGGCGGGCUGCUGGCCAGCGCGGGGGAGCGGCCCGGCGCGCUCUGCGCCGCGCCCUACGCCAGCGCGGCCGGCACCGCCUUCUACCGCGCCCGCGUACUCGCCCUCCACAACAGGGACAUGCUGGAGGUGUUGUACAUCGACUACGGCAGCUGCGGGCGCGUGAGUGCGGGCAGCGUGCGCUCGCUGCCGGCGGGCGUGUGCCGCAGCGCGCCGCCGCUGGGUAUGCAGUGCGCGCUGGCCGGCGUGGCGCCCGCGCCGCUGCUGGACCACCAUGCGCACUGGGCGCCCGCCGCCGCGCACCUCUUCACCUCGCUUGUCACGCGCGGCCGCCUGCUCGGCAAGGUGUAUUCGGUAGUGAACGGCGUGGUAUCGAUAGAGCUGUUCGCGGAGCACGGCAAGACGAGCGUCAACAAGGCGCUGUUGGACAAGGGGCUCGCUGUGCCCUGCGAGGAGAGCUAUGAAUCUAAGUUAAAUCAUGACGUGAGAGAGAUGGCGAAUAGUCUAAACAUGGUCCAGAAGAGAGCAUACAACAAGGAGCAGGCCGAGGCCGCGUUCUGUCACAUGAACGAGAUGGAGCCCCCCAACUAUAAGGACUGCGACACUGACGUCUGCUUGAAGGGACCAUUCAGUCCGUUGGAAACCAACAUUCACAGUCUGAUGUACUCGGGUCGAGAGAAACUUGUCCAUAUCGAGUGGAAUUCUGUCAACUCCGUGCUGUUAGAUACUGAACCGCAGGAAAUAUAUGAAAAAUUGGUAGUAGCGGCGCAGGUGUGUCAGAACGAGAUGGGCAGCACGCUGACGCUGCACCACACCACGCUGAUGCCCAACAUCCCCGCGCUGCCGGCCAUCAUAGCGCUGCUCUUCUGCCCACAGGCGGAGUUGCGUCGAGACGAGCAUUGUACGCGCUACGUGAGUACAUUGUGUGGACUGGGCAGCCAUGACGACGGCCGCCCCUACUUCCCCGAGCACGAUAUACUCGUUAAUAUCGACGCAGAACUCGAUGUAGAAGAUAUCGGUCUGAUAAACCACGUGCGACACCUGAUGGACUACAUGAUGUUCUGCAGCGAGGGGCAGGACACGCCCGCGGCUGACGACGAGUUCCAUCCUAAGGUGCCAAAGUUCAUACGCGAGGAUAUCAUGAAACUGCUGCGCAAGCGGCGGCGGCACCGCGCGGCGUGCUGCGUGGCGAACGCGUGGCGCUGGCGGUCGGCGGAAGAGAGCGAGCUGCUGGAGAUCAGCGUGCCCGGCAUGGCGGAGCGCGCGCUGCUGUACGCGCUGCACCGCCCGCUGGAGCUGCGCGCGCCGCCCCGCGCCGCGCUGCUGCGGCUGCGCGCCGCCAACCUCGCGCUGCACCACAUGCUCGCCAGGACAUCAUCGUCGUCUAACCAGGAGUUGACGUGCGAGCUGUGCAACACGGGCCCGCUGCCCGCCGCCGCCAUGCGCAUACACAUCUACUCCAACAUGCACCACGACAAGGAGGAGGAACUCCAAGACCUCACACCUUGAACACACACACGCACACCUCACACCUUCCACCUCCCACCUACUAUCUCCCAUCUACCUCCUCGCCUACUUAUAUUCGAAUUCAAUUCAAGUGAAAAAUUAAAACAAACCUGACUUAACAACUGUAUAACUAAAAAAUGUAUUCAAAAUGAUCAUCUUAGUGUAAAAGCACAGAAAUGUUCUUAUAUAUCCCUAGACAAAUGACAUUGCCAGUGAAAUGUGUAAAUAUAAAAUCAUUUUUAUUGAAUUCGACUAUACCUUUCAUCUAUUCAACUCUCAUAUGUAAAUUCUCAAAAUACUUGAUUAUAAUUAGUAGAAAUACCAACGUAUAACAAGAGUUAAUUAUGCCAUAUAUAAGUUAUUUCACUUUGUUUUGUUUAAAAAUGUGAAAAUAGUAUUAAUAUCUUAAAAUGUUUUAAACUCUUUUGUUUUUACCAAAAAUGAUAUCUAAUAUCUAUGGUAAAAUGUUUGUAUGUACGUAUAUAUGUUGUGAUGUAACAUUAAAUCUAGGAGUUAUUUUUCUAUAACCCUUAAAUUCGUUAAUUUCUAGAAUAUCUCACUUAAGUAGAUUAUUUUAUGAUCUCCUAUACUAACAUAUGAUUAGUAGCAGAAAUAUUAUAAGAUAAGUCCCCUUUUGACCGAUAUUAAUGAAACUAAAUAGAUAUGUGUUAAAUUGUCCAAUCCAUGGUCCUUCGAGUCGGAUACGACAGACUUCAUUCUCUAUUUCCGUAUAACUAGUAUUUAGUACUAAGUUUUUUUGUGUGUCGCCAUUGUUUAUGUGUUAUAAUAACUCAAAAGAAUUAUUAUUUAUAGGUAUAAAUUGUAUCGGGUAGUUUUUAUAAUCAUUCUCAAUUGAUUUCCACUGAUUCAAACUUACUAGUGUAAGGACAGGUAAUUAUAAUCGGCGAAAUAUGAAUUUCCAAACAUUUUAAUUUACAAUUUAAUUGCAAAUAAUAACGAAAUGUCACUUUUGACCCCAACUUGACUAGUGACUUUCAUAUUAAAAUGUUGCCAUUAUAAAAACAUAAAACCUCUGCGAGAA